CUUCUGAUAUGGAUGCUGGGGCCCAAACUUGGGUCUUCUGGAAGGACUGCACUUGUUCUUAACUGCUGAGCCGUCUUAACAGCUCCUAAGGAGGGAUCUUGAGCAGGCUGACUGAUAGAAAGCUACUAUGAGUCUGUUAAACUGUGAACACAGCUGUGGGUCCAGCCAGUCCUCGAGUGACUGCUGUGCUGCCAUGGCCUCCUCCUGCAGCGCUGCCAUGAAAGACGACAGUGUGGGUGGGUCUGCCAGCACGGGGAACCUCUCCAGCUCCUUCCUGGAAGAGAUCCAGGGCUACGAUGUGGAGUUCGACCCCCCUCUGGAGAGCAAGUACGAGUGCCCCAUCUGCCUGAUGGCCUUACGAGAAGCCGUGCAAACACCAUGUGGCCACAGGUUCUGCAAAGCCUGCAUCAUCAAAUCCAUAAGGGAUGCAGGUCACAAGUGCCCAGUUGACAAUGAAAUACUGCUGGAAAAUCAACUGUUUCCUGACAAUUUUGCAAAGCGAGAGAUUCUUUCUCUGAUGGUAAAGUGCCCAAAUAAAGGCUGUUUGGAGAAGAUGGAACUGAGACAUCUCGAGGAUCAUCAAGCACAUUGUGAAUUUGCUCUUAUGAAUUGUCCCCAAUGCCAACGUCCUUUCCAAAAGUGCCAGUUUAAUAUACACAUUAUCGAGGAUUGUCCCAGGAGACUGGUUUCUUGUGUAAACUGUGCUGUGUCCAUGCCAUUUGAAGAGAAAGAGAUCCAUGAUCAAAGCUGUCCUUUGGCAAAUAUCAUCUGUGAAUACUGUGGUACAAUCCUCAUCAGAGAACAGAUGCCUAAUCAUUAUGAUCUAGACUGCCCGACAGCUCCAAUCCCUUGCACAUUCAGUGUUUUUGGCUGUCAUGAGAAGAUGCAGAGAAAUCACUUGGCGAGACACCUGCAAGAGAAUACCCAGUUGCACAUGAGACUGUUGGCCCAGGCUGUUCAUAAUGUAAGCCUUACUUUGCAUUCAUGUGAUACUUACACUCCAUCCCGGGGAUGUUGUCCAGAAGACCCAAAUUAUGAAGAAACUAUCAAACAGUUGGAAAGUCGCCUAGUAAAGCAGGACCAUCAAAUCCGGGAACUGACUGCCAAAAUGGAAACUCAGAGCACAAAUGUAAGCGAGCUCAAGCGAACCAUUCGAACCCUUGAGGACAAAGUUGCUGAAAUGGAAGCACAGCAGUGUAAUGGGAUUUACAUUUGGAAGAUUAGCAACUUUGGGAUGCACUUGAAAUCCCAAGAAGAGGAGAAACCUGUCGUCAUUCACAGCCCUGGAUUCUACACAGGCAGACCUGGGUACAAGCUGUGCAUGCGCCUGCACCUUCAGUUACCAACGGCUCAGCGCUGUGCAAACUAUAUAUCCCUGUUUGUCCACACAAUGCAAGGAGAGUAUGACAGCCAUCUCCCCUGGCCCUUCCAGGGUACAAUUCGCCUUACAAUUCUUGAUCAGUCUGAAGCAGUAAUAAGGCAAAACCAUGAAGAGGUCAUGGAUGCUAAGCCAGAGCUGCUUGCCUUCCAGCGUCCCACAAUCCCACGGAACCCCAAAGGUUUUGGCUACGUAACAUUUAUGCACCUGGAAGCUUUAAGACAGGGAACCUUCGUUAAGGAUGAUACAUUAUUAGUACGCUGUGAAGUCUCUACCCGCUUUGAUAUGGGCGGCCUUCGGAAGGAGGGCUUCCAGCCACGAAGUACUGAUGCAGGCGUGUAGCAUCCAUUUACUUGUGUUAAAAAAAAAACUACAAGCCACACAGAAAACCAGUGCCUUCCUUGCCUGGUCCCAAUAAACAAUAUUCAAACAAGCAGUGGGAGAGGUAUGACUCCAGGCAGCAAACGUCAUCAGUGAGGUCUUUCUACUUGUUACUGUUACAGAUAUCUGAGGUAGUUUUCAUGGGAAUCCACAUGUCCUCUGUGUCUUCAAAAACUCAGCAUUUGAAGGGCCUGUGGCACAUCUGUUUGUUAAUUACUGUACCUCUUCAUUGUACUUCCAUGGGCUUUUUCCAUGUACUUCACUGUCAAA